AUGAAUGACAUGUUCAAUAUACGUUCGUUUGUCGAAAAUCAAGUUGAGAAAUUAUCAUCACCAAAAAAUAUUCUUGUUGAUAAAUUUCGUCAAACAGUUGAUAAUAUUAAAUUACCAUUUUCAACGACAACAAAUAAUGAUAUAACCACACAUGAUGAAACAUUUAAUUCACGUCCAUCAGAAUCAUCAUCAAGUUCAUCUGUAUCAUCAAAUGAUCAAACAAAUCAUUCUUUUAUUAAUUCUCUUAAAUCUUCAACAACAACAACAGCAACACGUUCAAAUCAAUCAACACCACCAAAUUCACAAAAAUUUUCACGUCUUUUACCAUCAGCAUCACCAUUAUCAUCACCAAAAUUAUUAUCAAAUUUUAAAACAUUUACCGAUCGUUUAUCUCGUCCUCAAUCAAUACUUCGUCGUCAUGUUUCCGAAUCCAAUCAACCUGAUGAAUCAAUUAUAAAUAAUAAUCAAGAUACAUCUUUAUCUCAACCGAUUUAUCAUAAUAAUCCACCAAUUGAUAUUAAUCCGAUCUCUGAUGAUAACAACGAUACGAAGAAAGUAGCUGAUGCAACAGCAAAACUUCUUGGACGAUCACGUUCACUUAUUCGACAAUCUACUGAUACAACAUGUACAUAUCCAAUACGAAGACCAAUGAGACGAAUGGAAUCUGUUGAAACAGUUGAAAUACCUGGUUUAAAUGGUCUUAAAGCAUUACGUUAUUUAAAUGAUAAUCUUGGAAAAUUACAACCUGAUCUUUAUAUGAAACAAACAUCUCAAACAGAUCCAACAUAUGGUUUUGGUAAAUUAAUAUUUACUUUAUUCUAUAAUCAACAAACAACAUCAUUAAUUGUUACCGUUGUAUCGAUUGAUAAUCUACCAUAUAGAGAAUUAAAUACAAAAGUUUUACCAGAUCCAUUUCUUAAAAUUGUUCUCUUACCUGAUCGACGUAAAAAAUUUCAAACAAAAGUUUCGAAACGAACUCAAUCUCCUCAAUUCAAUGAAACAUUUCAAUUUCAAAUUGGUUAUGAAGAAUUACGUCGACGAAUUUUAUUAUUAUCUGUUUAUGAUUUUGGUCGAUCAACUAAACGAAGUUUAAUUGGUACUGUUAAAAUCGAUGAUGUUUCAACAAUACCUGAUAUAACUUCACAUGAUGUAACAUGUACGAGAAGUAUUGUUCCUGGCACUGAAAGCGAUCCAGAUCUUGGUGAAUUAACUGUGUCUUUAUGUUAUUUACCUAAUGCUAAACGUGUUACAGUAACUAUUGUUAAAGCAAGUUCAUUAAAACCUAUGGAUAUAACUGGUAAAUCAGAUCCAUAUGUAAAAGUUAUUUUAUUAAUUCAUGGAAAAAAAGUUCGAAAGAAAAAAACUUCAGUUUUAUCAAAUACACUUAAUCCAAUAUAUAAUGAAUGUUUAGAAUUUGAUGUUUCUAUUGAAUCACUUGGAGAUGCUGAUCUAAUAUUUAAAGUAAUAGAUUAUGAUCGUGUUGGUUCAAAUGAAUUAAUUGGUUGUGUUGGUAUUGGUGUUCAUUUUGAUGGUAUUAAUCGUGAUCAUUGGUAUCAAAUGUUAGAACAUCAACGUGUACCAAUAACCGAAAGUUAUAAUUUACGUGAAACUAUACCAAUGAUACCAUGUAAUAGUCCACCGACAACUCAGAAAGUAUUAAAUUUAACUAAUAAUGCUUGA